GAAUUCUCCAUGAAUUCCGAAGAAGAACCUGACGAAGCUCCAACCUUCAUCCCCAAGAGGAAGAAGCGAUAGUGGCUGCUGCAAUAAGUCGAUUUUUUCGUGCCUUGCUCAUUCGUUGUGUGACAAGUGCCAAGGGAGGAUGAGUACCUUUCCUGGACCCCUUGUGGAGUUUCCUGGUGUAUCAGUUGAUCGUUUUGAUGGUGAAAAUCGUGAAAAUUCCGUGUUCUUCCUAUCCCAUUGUCACACGGAUCAUAUGGUUGGUUUGCAUUUGGGAGCACUUCCUGGCCCACUGUAUGUGAGUGAGAUUUCCGCUGUGAUCCUCCGACAGAGAUAUCCCCAAUUGGAGGAUGUUAGAACGUUGGAAAUUGGCGUGGAGACGGAAGUUCAGCUGAAGAAUGGAAGUGUGCGUGUUACGGCAAUCCCUGCUGGGCAUUGUCCAGGAUCUGUGAUGUUCCUCUUUGAAGCACCCACAUUCCGUGUUCUCUAUACGGGAGAUUUUCGUCUCAGGGAGAAGGAUGUGCGGAAUAUUCGGGUUUUUGAGCGAAUUCGCGGGAAGCUGGAUAACGUCUAUGUGGACUCAACAUUCCUCUGCAAAAGCUACGAGGAUUUCCCCUCCCGGUCUGUCAGCACAAAGACCAUUGUGGAUUUAAUUGAGGAAUGGACAGCAAAGUCUGAGGAGCAUAUUGUGUGGCUGAAGACUCCAGCUCACUACGGAUCGGAAUUUCUCUUCAAGGAGAUCCACAAACGCACCCGGAUGCCCCUUCAUAUUGAGCCAUGGAAUAUGGCUGAUUAUGCGUACAUCCCUGACAUGGAUGGUGUGUUCACGGUGGAUGAGAAACAGAGUCAAAUUCACGCGUGCUGGAAACCCGGAUGUCCCGUCGUGAGGAGCAACGGAAAGAAAGUUCGUAAGAUUCUCCCAACAGCCAUGUUCUGGACAAACUGGAAGGAAUCUCGAGACUUUGUGAAGAUGACUAAUUUCAACAUUCGCGUCUGCUACUCCAGUCAUUCCAGCAUGCGGGAACUACGAGACUUUAUUACCUUCCUGAGGCCAGCAAGUGUGAAAUUGAAUGUUAUUCAGGAGUCCAAAAAAACUGAGAUGUACAACGCUCUGAGGAAAAUUCUUGCCCAGGUUGAUGCAGACAAAGAGAAAGAAGUGGCAGAAGAUCCUGCAGCUGAAACUCCUGCCGCUGAGGAACCUGAGAUAAUUUCCUUCAAGAACAUCAAGUUCAGAGACAAGCAGGAUGUGGAAUUCUCCAUGAAUUCCGAAGAAGAACCUGACGAAGCUCCAACCUUCAUCCCCAAGAGGAAGAAGCGAUAGUGGCUGCUGCAAUAAGUCGAUUUUUUCGUGCCUUGGUAAGUCGAAUUUAUUAUUCGCCAGAAUUCUAAAAGUUUUCGAAUUUAAUUAAGAGAAAAUAUUUUAAAACAAGAAAGUAAAAAAAAAUAUUAUUAAAAAAAUGUAAAACACUCAAAUGCUUCAUUUACAAGGAAGGGGUGUUUAUCUGGACGAAAUUAUUCGAAUCUUCGCUAAUAUUCGGAUAAUUCGAGCAUAAAAACAAUUAAAUGACUUAAAUCAAACUGAAAAGUAGUAAAUUCAAACAGAAGAGGGAUGAUAUCAGAAAUUAUGGGAACUUUUAGAGACAUUUUAGAGGGAUUUUUGAAGUUUUCUUUUAGAGAAAAAUUUAAUAAAAAAAUAGCCUUAAAUUCUCAUUAAACGGCUAAAGGCUCUAUCCAAUUGUGACGCCAGAAAAGACUUUUUGUGACUCAAAUAUGUUAUCAUGACUCAACUUUUAUCUUUGUUGACUCAAUUAUUAACUUAUUUGUACUACAAAAUACCUUUUUUGCGAGUUUUAAUUUAAGGACACAUCUAAUUAAAUUUCAUAUUUUAAUUUUUUUUAACGUUUUGUCCUGUUUUUAAGAGCUAACAAGAGAGCCAAAAAGUAGUUCAUGUAACAAAAAAAAAACAAUUCAUGCCGAUAAAUUUUUGGUUUUCAGUUCCAAAACUGCAUAAAAAAAAUAUAUUAAAGUCUCAAAAAAGACUAAACUCAAACCAAAAAGUCUUAAAUACGUUUUUGGUUUUACUUUUCGAUUUUGAGUUGUUCAAUUUUUAGCAAAAGAUGUUCAUGUGAAGUCAAGCAUUCAGAUCUUCAGAAAUAUUCGCAUAAUUCACAAAAAGAAAACAAAAUAUUCGCCAGAUAAACCGCGACAAGAAAUUUUAAUUUUAUAACCAUUAAAACAGAGAAAUGGUUAGUAAAUAUGUCAAAAAUUUCGAUGUUUCAUAUGAUUUACAUUAGUUGACUAUAUUUACCCCAAGAGGCGUAUUUUGAUUUAAUAAUUUGUUCAGAAAAAUCAUUAAAAGUUUGUGAAAAAUACAUCUUGGCAACAUUUUCUAUACUAACCCAGCUUGUGAGAAAAAUUAUCGGAUUGGAAAAUUGCUAAAAGAAAAGUUUCGGAGAAUAGAUUUUCCACAAUACACAAAAGUUUGGGGAAUGGGCCAAAAAUUUAUUUUCAUUCUAAAGUAGAUACUGAUCGGAUAAUCCUCAAAUUAUGUACAGUCAAAUAUUGUAGGUUGAUUGGGCUUCUCACUCUAAUUUUUUUUUCCGAUUUAUAAGUUUGGAGAAAUUGGCAUUUUAAAAUUCCAAAAUGACUUUACCCCGAUCUCCCCUAAACGAUUUUAAGGCUCAAAAAGCAUUUUCUGUGCAGAAAAAUUGCAGAAAAUAUAAGGAAAAGUAUGAUAGAAACAAGAAAAACGACAAAGAAGGCCCCAAAGCCCCUAAAUCUUAGCACUCUUAGUUUUUUUUUUAGUGGAAAUUGAAGACAGUGAAGACAUGAAAACUGUUAAUCCGCCAUAUUUGAAUUUAAAACUCCGCAAAAGCAUCACGGAGGAUCAAAAGAGAAAAAAAUGGAUAGUAAAGAGGAAAAUUCAAGCUUUUAAUCUGAAUCUGGUUCAAUUUUAUCCAUAUUUUUGUCAAUAAUUUGUUCAAGAAAAGCGCUCAUAUCUAAAGUUGUUGCAACGUCUUGUGUAGGGUUGGAAAUCAACAGUUUAUUCCUCUCCUGGCGUUCUUUUUCACGAGUUAAGCGAAGUUUUUCAAAUUCAUCAUCUUCAGGUGUCUCAUUGUCUUCCUCAAGACUUCCAUCUGGCACAGUAAUCGUGACUUUUGAACCUUCAGACAAGCUGGCCCUACUCGGAGCAGUUGAUACUUGGGUAGUUUCCUUCAAGUAUUGCAUUGAUUGCUCAUCUUCUGUCCUGAAGAAACGCUCAAAUGCCAUUGUGACAGUAUCAACGAGGUUCUCUGCACUCUGUCCUGGUUGAUCUUGACCAUUUUCAACAUUCCCAUCACUCUAUUUAGGCAAAAACAAAUGAAAAAGGAAGGUUAACAACAGAAAAACUCUUUUUUAAGUCUUUGGUUGUUGGCUCGUACCAUGUCAUCCACAAUGAUUUUUGGUGGCAAUUUAGAGGUUAGGUGUGCUUCAGCUUCUGGAAUCUCAAGCUUAGAUGUUGAUGCUUCUGGGUGUUGUUCGUGAAAUUCUUCCGCACCAGGAAGCUCAUUUGGGAAGACUUCAUCCCAGUAUUGAUCCUUCAUCAACUCCGGAUGCUCAUGAUGCAUCUCAUCGACAAUCAUGUAGCAUCCUUUCAGAUUUUCAUCAAUCAUCCAAUUCACUUCGAAGUCUUCAUCAUCCUCCCCAAAGGGAUUAAUGAGGACUUCAGCUACUUUCAGCCAUCCCAUGUAGAAGAAGAAUUGAAGCGUUGAGAAAAAUGGGAAGUAGACAUCUAAGGCUUGAUCUUUCCCUUCAUCACUACUCUCAAACCAUUGGCUUGCCAAAAUAUUUGCGGCGCAGUACGAAUAGACGGCCAGGGUGACUACUUGUGUGUAGACAAGAGGAAUGGUGAUAGUGUCGUACUUGAGAAGAAUACUCGCACUGUCACGAAGGCUGUUAAGCUGAUCAAUAAGUGUCUUGACGGCAAAGUCAUCCCGUAUGAGACCUUCUUUCCGGGCACGCGUCACGAUACUUGCUGCCCAAACAAUUGGCAUCCAAUGCUUCGAAGGACGCGGAAAACGUUCAUCCAUUUUGGCUAUUAUAGUUCGUUCACUGUCCGUUAGGAGGCCAGCUUCCACGAGCCGUUGGAGCGUUGGGAAGCGCUUCUUCACUCUUGGGGCUACUCUUAUUAGAACCAUUGUUAUGCAGAGGCAAACGUAUCGGACUAUAGUUCGUCUCAUUAAUCGUCCUCGUUCGUCCUGUAAGAAAAUCCAUUAUUUGUAGUAUUUCAAGGACCUGAUGAAGGGAUCACAAUGUCAACGGUUACUUUUUGAAUUUCAUAACUCACCUGUCCGAUGAUGUAAGAACUCACAAACAUUGAUAUUGAAUUCGGUUUGGGAAUUGUUGUGUACUGUUCCCACCAUCUCUUCACGAUAAUGGUCACAUAGAAGCCAAGAACGAAGGAAAUUGGGAUGUAUUUGGUGUAAAGUGAAGCAUAAAGGACUAGACCCACGAAUAUUCUACGAAAAACAAACAAAAUGUUAACAACAUUUUUUUAGGUUACGUUAAGCACGCCUUUCUCCAUUUUUACUCACUUCUUUUGCUCAUCAUCCAAAUAAAAUCGAUAAAGGAAAUUAAGUGCGUAAUAAGCUGAAAGAUACGUCACCAAGUCCACCCACACAAGUUUGUAGAUGCUUCCGCGCCAUCUUGAAAAAGAAAAGAGUUUUUAAAAUUCCAUUAAUUUGAGUUUCCAAAUGACUCACCUUAGCAGGAGCUUGAGGAAGCAUCCGAAUCCUCUGCACGUGGCAACUUCCGCUGUGUACGUGACGGUCAUCUUGUUGCAGCAUCAACUCUUUUGUCCGUAUAGACUGCAAUCUCAGGUUAACCAGCUAAAGGCAAUGCUAAAUUAAAUGAUAAUUUAACCGUCGAUUUCUGCGAUGUUUUCAAUGUUUUGAAGUUUCCACGACAAUAAUUCAAUUCACGCGAUUUCGUGAAUUACUUUGAUUUCAUCAAAAAAUUAAUUCAACGGCAAAAUAUAAAUAAAAAGCUUGAAAUGAAGGAAAUUUUUAUUGGUUAAACGGCUAUUUUAAACAUUGUGAAAUUUUCCUCUAGAGGCGCUGAUUAACCUGCUCCGUAAUAUUUGUCACAAGCUGCUCAAGCAAUGCAUCUACAUCCAUGGAUCCUUGUGGUAUGUUAAGUGAUUCAAGAGUAAUUUGCUGCUGCUUCUUACGCUCCUGGCGUUCUUUUUCACGUUCCAAACGUAAUUUUUCAAAUUCAUCAUCGCCAUUUUGUUCCGCCAUUUUGGUAUCUUCCUGUUUACUGCAUCCUUCUUUUGUGGAAUCGUCCUUGUUCUCACUUCUCGACUUGUUGAGGUUAUUGUCUGCUGAAGACGUGGUGGGAGGAUGCCGAUCAGAGGAUGUUAAAGCUGUGAGAAUUUCAUCAAGGUCCGUUUUAGGCGCUUCUUCCUUACUCGAUUGGCUAUCUUCCCGGCUGAAGUAACGCUUUAGGGCUAAAGUGACUAUAUUCUCAAGAUUCACAGAGUCGGGAUCGCUCGUUGUGGAUUCAUUGUGUGCUCCUAAUUGGUUUUUAUCCGCGUUGUCAUCGAUCUGUUUGAAAUUAAUGAAUUUGAUUGAAUUAUUAGGUAUUAGAAGCAAAUCAGAGGGAAGCUUUGAUAAAGCAAGCCAGAAGCCUGCUUGAUGAAGCAAGUCUGAGAAAACUGACGAAGUAUGUCUCCUUAGGCAAAGAGCCAUAUUGAAAACAGACACAGAAAUCCAAUAACAGUUUAUAAAAAAAACUAACUAAAGAAUAAGACUUAUAGUACCAACCGUUUUAUUGUCCACUGAAGUCUUCGAAGGUGUUUUCUGGACUUCAAUGUCAGCAGUUGAUGAUUUCGGUGGUUGUUCGCGGAAUUCUUUUGUUUCCUCUGUGUAAGGUAGUUCGCUAGGGAAGACUUGAUCCCAGUAUUGAUCCUUAACCAGCUCGGGAUGUUCAUCGUGCAUCAAAUCGACAAUCAUGUAUGUUUCCUGGAGAUUCCGAUCCACCAUCCAGUUCACUUCGAAGUCCUCAUCAUCCUCCCCAAAGGGAUUAAUGAGGACUUCAGCCACUUUCAGCCAUCCCAUGUAGAAGAAGAAUUGGAGGGUUGCGAAAAAGGGGAAAUUCAGUGGAAUUGAGAAGCCAUUAAUUUCGUCAUCAUAGUCACGCCACUGACUACCCAUAAUGGUUGCAAAGCAGUACGAAUAGACAGCUAUGGUGACUACUUGCGUGUACACGAGAGGUAUACUGAUGGUGUCGUAUUCACCAAGAUUCCCGCAUUUUAGGCGGACUUUAUUUAAUUCAUCAAUCAUUGACUUUACGGCAAAGUCAUCACGUAUUCUUCCUUCUUUCCGGGCACGCGUCACGAUACUUGCUGCCCAAACUAUUGGCAUCCAGUGCUUUGAAGUACGCGGAAAACGUUCAUUCAUGUUUGCUAUUAUUGCACGUUCGUUAUCCGUGAGGAGCCCAGCCUCUACGAGUUGCUGGAGCGUUGGAAAGCGCCUCUUCACACGCGGAGCGAUAUUUAUGAAAACCAUUGUAAUGCAGAGGCAAACGUACCGGACUAUAGUUCGUCUCAUUAAACGUCCUCCUUCAUCCUGUAAGAAAAUUCAGUAAUUUAUACUUCAAGUACCUGAUGAAGGGGUCAGAAUCAUUGAAAAAGAAUGAAGAAAAUUUGAACCUUAACGUACCUGUCCGUGAAUAUUUGCACUAACAAGCACAGAGAUGGAAAAGGGUAGAGGAAUUGUUAGGUACUGAUCCCACCAUCGUGUCAUCACCAUUGAGACGUAGAAGCCCAGAACGAAGGAGAGAGGAAUGAGAUUUGUGUAGGAGUUGAAGUAAAUGACCAAGCCUUCAAAGUAACUGAAAAAAAAACAAAUUUUAGAAUUUUUUUUAGGUUACGUUAAGGACGCCUUUCUCCAUUUUUUACUCACUUCUUUUGCUCUUCAUCCAAGACAAAGCGAUAGAUAAUAUUAAAUGUGUAAUAAAUGGAGAGAAAUGUAACCAAAUCUAGCCAUACUAGUUUGUAGAUGCUUCCGCGCCAUCUUGAAAAGGAAAAGAUUUUUUUUUAAUUCAAUUUAUUUGAGUUUUCAAAGGACUUACCUUAGCAGGAGCUUGAGGAAGCAUCCGAAUCCUCUGCAUGUGGCAACCUCUGCUGUAUACGUGAUGGUCAUCCUGAUGAAACAGUUGCUGCAGUUAAACUGCUCAAUCAGCUUCGGAAGAAUUGAUUUUUUAGUUUUAUUUCUGAAUGUUCAAUAAUUUUUCUUCGCAAACAAUAAUUUUCUUCAAGAUUCUGCGAGAUUUCUGUGAAUCCUCUGAUUUGAGAUCAAAUUAUUUUAUAUUAAUUUUUUUCAUGAGAGCUUCAAAACUUCUUUUUUGAAAAUGGAAGCUCUUUUAAAAGCAGAAAAGGAAUGUAAAAAAUUAAAAUAAAAAGAAAGAAAGUUAAAUUAAA